CAUGAGUCAGGGGUUUGUGAGCUGCCCCCGGGGAAGGACCUGGCGCUAUCAGAGCGGGCGUGAGCUCGGCUGAUCGCAGAGGGCACGGGCCACUGCAGGAGUUUGCCAAGGGACCCCAAGGCUCGUGAACAGGGACCCGCGGUGCGGGUUAUGCUGGGGGCUCAGAUCACUGCAGACAACUGGACACACGGGACAGCGCUAUGGGGGACUCGCAGCAGGAUGAUUAUGAUGCACUGGAGAUUCUGGAAAAAGAUUAUGAAGACUCAAAUGUCCCUGUGCCCCAGCUAGAGGAGCCAGCAGCUUCCCCCUCAGAGUCAACAGCCACAGACUACCAAACCACAUCGGACCCAGGCAGCCACAAGAUCUACGUGGAGCUGCAGGAACUGGUGAUGGAUGAGAAGAACCAGGAGCUGCAAUGGAUGGAGGCAGCACGCUGGGUGCGGCUGGAGGAGAACCUGGGGGAGGACGGGGCCUGGGGCCGCCCACACCUGCCUUACCUCACCUUUUGGAGCCUUCUGGAGCUUCAGAAAGCCUUCGCCAAGGGCACCGUCCUCCUGGACCUGCCAGAGACCUCCCUGGCGGGGGUGGCCAACCAGCUGCUGGACAGGUUUAUCUACGAGGGCCAGAUCCGGCCUGACGACCGAGAGACGCUGCUCCGGGUCCUGCUGCUCAAACACAGCCAUGCUGGAGACCUGGAGGCCCUGGGAGGUGUGACGCCUGCGGUCCUGACACGCUCUGGGGAUCCCUCACAGCCUCUGCUCCCCCAACACCCCUCACUGGAGACGCAGCUCUUCUGUGGACAGCAGGGAGACGAGGGCACAGAAGGGCAAACGCCAUCUGGAAUUCUGGAAAAGAUCCCCCCAGAUUCACAGGCUGCCCUGGUUCUAGUGGGCCGUGCCACCUUCCUGGAGAGACCUGUGCUGGGCUUCGUGCGGCUGCAGGAGGCUGCAGAGCUGGAGGCCGUGGAGCCCCCUGUACCUGUGCGCUUCCUCUUUGUGCUCCUGGGACCUGAGGCCCCCUUCAUCGACUACCCCCAGCUCGGCCGGGCUGCUGCCACCCUCAUGUCAGAGAGGGUGUUCCGCACAGAUGCGUACCUGGCCCAGAGCCAGGGGGAGCUGGUGCACUCCCUGGAGGGCUUUUUGGACUGCAGCCUGGUGCUACCCCCCACGGACGCCCCCUCCGAGCAGGCCCUGCUCAGCCUGGUGCCUGUACAGAAGGAGCUGCUGCGGAGGCGCUACCUGCACAGCCCUGCCAAGCCGGACCCCAGCUUCUACAAGGGCCUAGACCUGAAUGGGGGCCCGGGGGUUCCUGGGGGCCCAGAAGACCCUCUGCAGCGGACAGGCUGGCCCUUCGGGGGCAUGGUGCGUGACAUCCGGCGCCGCUACCCGCUCUACCUGAGUGACAUCACGGACGCACUUGCCCCCCAGGUCCUGGCUGCUGUCAUCUUCAUCUACUUUGCCGCCCUGUCACCCGCCAUCACCUUCGGCAGCCUCCUGGGAGAAAGGACCGGGGACCAGAUAGGGGUGUCGGAGCUGCUCAUCUCCACUGCCAUGCAGGGCCUGCUCUUCGCCCUCCUGGGGGCACAGCCCCUGCUUGUGGUGGGCUUCUCAGGACCCCUGCUCGUGUUUGAGGAGGCCUUCUUCUCGUUCUGCUCUAGCAAUAACCUGGAGUACCUGGUGGGCCGCGUGUGGAUCGGUUUCUGGCUCAUCCUGAUGGUGCUGCUGGUGGUGGCCUUCGAGGGCAGCUUCCUGGUCCGCUUCAUCUCCCGCUAUACCCAGGAGAUCUUCUCCUUCCUCAUCUCCUUCAUCUUCAUCUACGAGACCUUCGACAAACUGUUCAAGAUCUUCCAGACCCACCCACUGCGGAAGGAUUACGACUAUAAUGUGACAGUGGUGUCCACACCCCGUUCCCCGCUGCCCAACACAGCCCUCCUCUCCCUCGUGCUCAUGGCCGGCACCUUCUUCUUAGCCAUCAUGCUGCGCAAGUUCAAGAACAGCUCCUACUUCCCUGGCAAGCUGCGCCGGAUCCUCGGGGACUUCGGGGUUCCCAUCUCCAUCCUGAUCAUGGUCCUAGUGAAUUCUGUCAUCAAGGACACCUACGUUCAGAAACUCAGCGUGCCCAAAGGCCUCACCGUGUCCAAACCCUCGUUCCGAGGCUGGGUCAUCCACCCGCUGGGCUUGUAUGACGAAUUCCCCAUCUGGAUGAUGUUUGCCUCCGCCCUGCCUGCCAUGCUGGUCUUCAUCCUCAUCUUCCUGGAGUCCCAGAUCACCACGUUGAUUAUCAGCAAGCCGGAGCGCAAGAUGGUCAAGGGCUCUGGUUUCCACCUGGACCUGUUGCUGGUUGUGGGAAUGGGGGGGCUGGCUGCCCUCUUUGGGAUGCCCUGGCUCAGUGCCACCACUGUGCGUUCCAUUACUCAUGCCAACGCCCUCACUGUCAUGGGCAAGGCCAGCACCCCUGGGGCUGCACCCCAGAUCCAGGGGGUCAAGGAACAGCGGAUUAGCGGGCUCCUGGUCUCUGUGCUUGUGGGCCUGUCCAUCCUCAUGGAGCCCAUCCUGACCCGCAUCCCCACAGCCGUGCUGUUUGGCAUCUUCCUCUACAUGGGGGUCACCUCCCUCAGUGGCAUCCAGCUCUUUGACCGCAUCUUGCUCCUGUUUAAGCCGCCCAAGUACCACCCGGACGUGCCCUACGUCAAGCGGGUGAAGACCUGGCGCAUGCACCUGUUCACGGCCAUCCAGAUCGUCUGCCUGGCGGUGCUGUGUGCAGUGAAGUUCACGAAGGCCUCGCUGGCCCUGCCCUUCAUCCUCAUCCUCACCGUGCCCCUGCGGCGCUUCCUGCUGCCUCUCAUCUUCCGGAACCUGGAGCUCCAGUGUCUGGAUGCUGAUGAUGAUGCCCAGUUGACCUUUGACCAGGAGGAAGGCCGGGAUGAGUAUGAUGUGCCCAUGCCUGUGUGAGGGGUGGGUCCGAGCCCCGGCCCCCCUCUUCAUUCCACUCCCCCACCUCCCCAGGAAAAGCAGAAGUUCAUAGGCACCGCAUGGACUCCUAGCCCCUCCUGGGGGAGCAGCUGAGGCCCUGGGGCUGUGGGGGGGUGAAGGAGGGUGGGAUAAGGAGUGUCUGGGAGACCUGCCCCAAUUGACUGGCUUUUCUGGCUGGACAUGCCCAGGGAGCCCAAAAUAGGGGAUUCACUCCCCUGUCUGUCCCUCCUGCAGCCACACACAUGUGCAUCCCCUUCUGCAAGGCUUGGAUCUGAGCCCAUCUCCUCAUGGCACUACCGGGGGCAAUUUCCUGCUUGUGUGUGACCUUGGGCAAGUCCUUAGACCUCUCCUACCUCUGCUUCCUCUUCUGUAAAAUGGGUAUAUUGCUAAUAAUACCCACAUUACAGGAUGGUUACUGAGGACCAAAGAUACAGUGUUCAUUGUUUUUCGAGCCUGCCCAAGUUCACAUAGCUCCUGAGCCUUCCAGCCAGGACUUGGACCAGGUCUCCUGACUCCCAGACCAGAGCUCUGUCCUCCAUUCCACCUUCCCAUGCACAGAGGCGCCCCUGCUGACUGCUCCCAACCCCUUCCCUGGGGCUCUCUUCUCUGGGGCCAGGGAGUGGUGUCCUUGUGAGGGUGAGCCUGCAAAUGACACUGAGGGGCGCAGGCAAGGAUGCAACCAGGGCUGGGACUUGGGACUCCUAGGCCCCUGCUCCCUCCCCCAUGCUCUGCUGAGGAUCCUGAAUUCAUUCGCUCAUUCAUUUAUUCUACAAACAUUUACUGAGGGCCAUUUGCAGAGGUGACUAAGAGGACACCCUGCCCUGGGGGGAUGGAGGGUGGCAAAGGACACCACAGUCUGCUCUAGAUUUGGAUAGGGGAUGGGGUGUGGGAGGGACAGGAAGAUAGGGAAAGGGUGGGAAGAUGGGAGGGGGAGUGGAAGGGGGGUGUAAUUUAUUACUUGUGUAUUUUCUAAGGGCUUUCAUUGUACUUUGGCUUCAUACAUGCACAGACCCCUUUCCCCAAAAUUAGAGACCUAGUGUCCCCAAUCCCAACCCAAAUGGAAUCUUAGGGAAAACCUAGCUUUAGCCAAUUAGAGUAGGAGGCUGGGCUCCCCAGAACAUGGACAAAAUCUAUUCUUUUACAAAACAAAGAUAUAAAGAAGAGUUGAGAGAACUGGAAGUGAUGAGAGAUGGGAGAAACUGAGGACCAGUGUGUGACCAAAAAAAAGAAAGAAAUUGCAGACCCUGAUGGAAGGCUUUAACUGCGUCCCUGAAAGCUGACACCCACCUCCCACCACUUCCCAGUUCUCUGCCUCAGUUUUCUCAUCUGUAAAAUGGGGACGAUAAUGGUACCUACCUAGUAAGGUUGUUGUAAGGAUUAAAUGAGACAUGCAUGUAAAGUGCCUGCUUAACACAGAGCUGCGUGUGGCCUCAGAGGAGCUCAAUAAAAGUUAUCUGCUGAUAUUGUUAUUUUGA